AUGAACUCCCGACACUCAUUUCUCCUCACACUCACUCUUCUCUCUCUCACCAUCAUAAACCCUGGUCUUUGUGUCCCUCAACAACCAGUUGUGAAAAAACAGACCACAUCUGAUCCUAAUUCAAUAAAUUAUGAUACUUAUGAUACCAACACGAAUACCGUUAGUCAUACUUUUGGUCCUAGUGAGCAACUAUGUGCUUUAACUUGGUCAAAUGAAGCUAUUCGUGGUAAAUUUCAAACCACAACUACACCACCUACUUUCUAUUGUAAGAAUUCUGGUGGUUUAAGUUAUAGAUGUGGAGGUUGUGGAUUAGUUUCAAGUCCAAAUCCAAUUGGACCAUCAGAUAGAAAAAGAAUGACAACAAUGAGUGGUAAAGCAUAUAGUUGUACAGCCAAGAAUGAAAGAGGUAUUUCAGUUCAAGUUGGUGAUUCGACUUGCAUUGCUUAUAGUAUUGCAGAUGGUGGAGCUGGUACAAUUCAUUGUUUGAGUCCCACUUUUGAGUACUUGGAAUGUUCAAUCGGUGACAACUUUCCAGCAUUUGACAGAAUUUCUUGCACUGGUUGUCUUUUGUAUGAAGCAGAUAAGAGUGACCAAGGUGGAAUCUUCAGAACCAGUGCUCCUUGA